CACUCUGUUUGGGGGAAACCUAAAUUGCACAAUUUAUUAGAGAUAUUCAAAAGGAAGGACAUUAUCAAGGACAUAUUUUUAGAACUAACUUUUUAUUUAUUUUUUCCCUCUUUCAUUUUCCAGAAGAUGUCCAGUUCAGGCAGAAUCGACAAAAUGCGCAUCUCAGGCAGUUUCUCAUCUCCAAGUAGUGCUCAUGAUGAUGAAGAUAGUGAUAGUUCUCAAAAUGAAAGUCACAACAUGAAGGGAGAGGUUCACAGUCAUUUAGAGGAGAACAUUUGUCCAUAUAUUGAUCUGAUUGACACGCGAUCAGUUGGCAUUCACAAGGACUUGGCGUUACCGAUUAUUGUAGUGAUAGGAGACCAGAGUUCUGGAAAAAGCUCUGUCUUGGAAGCGCUGUCUGGAGUUGCAUUACCAAGAGGGAGCGGAAUUGUAACCAGAUGUCCAUUAGAGCUGAGGUUGAAGAAGGUAAAAGGAGUCAACUGGAAGGCUGUUUUAACUUACCGGGCUGUUAAAGCCAGCAAACAGGCACAUGGACAAGCAGCACAGUUAACUCACGAUGAGAAGAAAUUUGAGUUUGAAGAUCCUUCUUUAGUUGAAAGACAUGUUGCAGCAGCCCAGAAUGAGCUGGCAGGAAAAGGGGUAGGAAUAUCUGAUGAGCUCAUCACUUUAGAGGUCAUGUCGCCAGAUGUGUGUGACCUCACACUGAUCGAUCUUCCUGGAAUUGCCAGAGUCCCAUUAAAAGGACAGCCAGAGGACAUUGGAGAGCAGAUCAAAAGUUUGAUCAUUAAAUUUAUUGAGAAGCAAGAGACUAUAAACCUGGUUGUGGUCCCUUGUAACACUGACAUUGCAACAACAGAAGCAUUAAAAAUGGCACAAGAAGUAGAUCCUAAGGGCAUAAGAACUGUUGCCAUUUUGACCAAGCCAGACCUCAUAGACAAGGGAACAGAGAAGAGCAUUCUGAAAAUCGUCCACAAUGAAGUGGUUCCUCUCCGCAAAGGUUACAUCAUGGUGAAGUGUAGAGGACAACAGCAGAUCGAUGAUGACAUUCCUCUGGAGGAGGCAGCACAAAUGGAGAGAGAUUUUUUCCAAAACCAUGAUUAUUUCAGAUGCCUCUUGAAAAAAGAUAAAGCAACUAUUAAAUGUCUCGCCAUCAAACUUACUCAGGAACUUGUUGAUCAUAUCAAG